AUGAAGAUUAAAACAAUCAGCAGAUCCGCUGACACCUACGUUCCGGCAAGAAACACACAAGAAUCAGCAAUGCCGCGAAACCUUGACCCAGCUCUUCACCCCUUCGAAAGAGCUCGUGAAUACACCAAAGCAGUCACAGCCACCAAACUUGAAAGAAUGUUUGCACGUCCCUUUGUAGGACAAUUGGGCGAUGGACACAGAGACGGUGUUUACUGUAUUGCCAAAAACUACAAGACAACCAAUCAGAUUGCGUCUGGUUCUGGUGACGGUAUCAUCAAGUACUGGAACAUGACAUCUAGACAAGAAUCGCUAAGCUUUAAAGCGCAUUACGGAAUGGUCACGGGACUUCUGAUCACUCCAAGAAGAGGCAUGCUCAGUUGUGGUGACGACAAGAGUAUCAAGUUGUGGUCUUUGGAGUGCGAGGACUUCGGUGAGGAAGUAGAUGAUUUGGACGUUUACAGAAGUAACAAGUCUUCGCAAGGUUUGCUCAAAGUCUUCGACGGAGAACACGGAUUCCUGGGACUCGACCAUCACUUCACCGAUGACGUUUUCGUGACCGGUGGUGCUGCAAUCCAGCUCUGGGACAUGAACAGAUCCAACUACGUUUCCAACUUGUCUUGGGGUGCCGACAAUGUGAGCAACGUGCGUUUCAACAAGACCGAGACAAACAUUUUGGCCUCGUGUGGGUCCGACAACUCCAUCGUGUUGUAUGACAUCAGAACCAACACCCCAGUGCAGAAGGUAGUCACUGCGCUCAGAGCAAAUGACAUCUCCUGGAAUCCAAUGGAGGCUUUCAAUUUCGCCACCGGUCACGAUGACCAUAACGCAUACUUGUGGGACAUGAGAGACUUGUCCAAAUCGCUAAAUAUCUACAAGGACCACGUCAGUGCCGUGACUUCGCUAGAUUUCAGUCCCACCGGACAAGAGCUUGUCACCGGCUCUUACGAUAAGACCAUCCGUAUCUACCGUACCCGGGAGGGCCACUCCAGAGAUAUCUACCACACCAAGCGUAUGCAGCGUGUGUUUGCAGUGUGCUUCACCACUGACAGCAGAUACAUUCUCAGUGGUUCGGACGAUGCGAACGUGCGCUUGUGGAGAGCCAAUGCAUCGGAGAAGUCGAACGUGAAGUCUGCCCGUGAACAGGCCAAGCUCAACUACGACAACAAGCUUAAGGAGAGAUAUAAGUACAUGCCUGAGGUGCGCAGAAUCGCUAGACACAGACACUUGCCGAUUGUGGUCAAGAAGGCGCUGCAGAUCAAGCGUGUUGAGCUUGAGAGUUUGAAGAAGAGAGAGGAGAACAACCGCAGAAACACCAGGGAGGGCAGUGUGCCACGGGUUCCAGAGAAGGAGAAGCAUAUCCGCGGCACCGCUAUCAAGGAAUAA